AUGCCUUCACCAAAAAUCGCAAUCAUCGGCGCGGGCCCAGUGGGCACUACGCUCGGGCGUCUGCUACUACGCCAGUCACCUUCGACAUCUGUCACCAUCUUCGAGAGCGAACCCUCUCCGAACUACCGCAGUCAAGGCGGCACACUUGAUCUCCAUACCGCCACUGGGCUCGCAGCAAUCAAGGAAGCAGGCCUCUGGGACGAGUUCUCGAAACAUGCCCGCUAUGAUGGAGAGUCGCUCUUGAUGACGGAUAAGAACCUUACGCCCUUCUACCAAGUAAAGCCAAGCGCCUCCCCCGAUCAAAAAGGCGGCCACCUGGGCGGCCAGCGACCCGAGAUCGACCGUGCCGCCCUCCGAGAAAUGCUCAUCGAGAGCCUCCCGGCGGACAUGAUCACAUGGGGCCACCGCCUGAAGGAGGUGCGGCCCGGCAAGGAGCCGAGAGACACCAAGCUCACCUUCACCCUCGCCGACGGGAGCACCACAACAGCAUCCGGCUUCGACCUGAUCGUCGGCGCGGACGGCGCGUGGAGCAAGAUCAGGAGCGUCCUGUCAGACGCCAACCCGCACUUCGCGGGGGUGUCCAACCAGGCGUUCGAGAUCCCCGACGCGGCCAACACCGCCCCGGAGGUCUACCGCGCCGUCAACCGGGGCAGCAUCUUUAGCCACGCCGACGGCCACAAGACGAACCUGCAGCAGAUGGGCGACGGGAGCAUCAUCGUGUACCUCAACUUCCGCACCGACGACGAGGACUGGUACAAGAGCCAGGCGAGGUGCGGCUUCGACGCCUUUGACCUCGAGGCUGCAAAGGCCGCCGCGCUGCAGCGUUACCAUGACUGGCACCCAAUUAUCAAGGAGGCCAUCUCGCGGUCGCAGGGGAAAACCGUCCCCAGGAGCUUGUACAUGCUCCCCGUGGGGUUCAGCUUCGCGCACAAGGCGGGGCUGACGGUGAUCGGGGACGCGGCGCACCUGAUGACGCCGUUCGCGGGCGAGGGCGUCAACGUGGGAAUGGAAGACGCACGCCGUCUAGCCGAGGCGGUGGUUGCAGCGGGCAGCGACACGAACAAGCUAGACAUCGAGGUCAACAAGUUCGAGAAGGACAUGUUCUCCCGCGCGGGCGAGUUCGCCGCCCUGACGGAGACUAUGCUGCGCGCAUGGUUCUUCACCGAGGAUUGCCCGCGGUCGGUCGUCCCCAAGGCGCUGUCCACGCACGCGAGCUUCCAUGCGCCGUGGCUGUUGAAGCCGCUCGUGGGCGGGCUGGCGUAUUCUUAUUUCUCGGUCCGGAAGAUGGCCUCUAGCAAAUGA